AUGACAUCUCAAUUGAUCCGUUUUGCAGACCAAAUAUGCCGUAAAGAUAUUCCUCGAGUACUGAUGAGACAACUAUUGCAGCUGAUAAUGAGUGGUAAUGUGGUGCGGAACCGAUUGCCCGUCUAUACGGUCUACAAGCAAACCACUUACAGAUUCAGUGAUAAAAUCCGACGAAUAGUUCCCGUCUUCUUGAGACCCAUCGAUAGGAUUGAGUUCUAUGAAGACGUGCCGACCAUUGAGUUCACGGAUCAGACAAACAUCUCCAUAGAAGAGGCGGGUCUUAUCAAUGUCCAGCAGACAUAUGGCGGUGUCUAUUGCCGGCACUCAGUCACCCGGACUACUCUGUCGGAUGAAUGGCAAUCACAGUGCCAUGUCUUCAGGAGACCAACUCAUCCCGUCCCUCGCAGACCCAAUGAUAGGGCCAUUAGAGCCAACGCUUCCACAACAUCCACAACGAGAGCAAAUGUUGUGACUGUUGAUCACACCAAUGAUAGUGCCAAUCAUACCAAUGAAACCAACGAAACCACUGAUGAUGACGAUAAUCAAACCAAUGAUGACAGCAUUGACUCCAAAUUGACUCCAAGUUUAUUGAAUGCAAUACAUAAUGAAACCCAUGAGACGAAUGGAUCCAUUGUUGUAGAGCCAGAAGUGGUGGAACUGUCAUCAGAUUCAGAGGACGAGCCCAGCAGUGGAGCCAACGAUAUAUCAUUGGAUGACGUCUCUGAUGAAGAGGUGAACGGAUCGUCAUUUGAUAUAUCGGUGGACAACGACUCUGCGGCAGAAGUGGAGGACGAAGUGGUGGGCGAUGACGAGGAGGACUGUGAAAUCACAGCAGUGAUCAGCGCUGCUGAACAUAGCGUUGGGGCACAACUGGCG